CCUCUCCCUACUCCCUCCCUCUCUCUCUCUCUCCCUCCAGACAUAAACGAGUGCAGACAGAGGGUGUGUCGUUCUGACCAGCAGUGUAAGAACACCCGGGGUGGGUACACCUGCAUGGACCUGUGCCCCACGGGCAUGACCAAGGGCGGCAACGGGACAUGCGUGGACAUCGAUGAGUGCCAGGAUGGGACCCACCAGUGCAGAUACAACCAGAUCUGUGAGAACAGCAGAGGGAGCUACCACUGCACCUGCCCGCGGGGGUAUCGCUCCCAGGGGGUAGGGCGCCCCUGUGUGGACAUUAAUGAGUGCGAGCAGCCGCCCCAGCCCUGCGCCCACCAGUGCGUCAACACCCCCGGCAGCUUCAAGUGCACCUGCCCACCAGGGCGCCACCUGCUGGGGGACGGCAAGUCCUGCGCGGGGCUGGAGAGGCUGGAGAGGCCGGAGAGGCUGCCCAGCUACGAGAGCUUCUCGUACGGCUACCGUGGCUCCCAGCCCUCCCCGGAGCGCCGCUCCUUCCAGCACCAGUACCACAGCCUGGCCUCCCAGAGCUACCACUCCUACACUGCCAGUGGGGGGCGCUAUAGGUUGCGUACUCGCAGGGAGGCCCCGCCCCCGGCCUCGCCUCCGCGGCCUCGCCUCGCCUGUCCUCAGGGGUACGAGGCCGGGCGUGGGCGUUGCUUAGAUAUAAACGAGUGUGAGGUGAGGGACGCGUGUCAACACGAGUGUGUCAACACCCCGGGAAGUUACCGCUGUCUCUGUCCUGCUGGCUACCGCCUCAUGACCAACGGCAAGACCUGCCACGAUAUUGAUGAGUGUCUGGAACAGAGUAUCAAGUGUGGAACCAACCGAAUGUGCUUCAAUAUGAGAGGAAGUUACCAGUGCAUCGACACUCCCUGUCCGCCCAACUACCAGAGAGACGCCGUCACAGGGUUCUGUUUGAAAAACUGCCCUCCCAAUGACCUGGAGUGUGCCUUGAGCCCCUACGCACUGGAAUACAAGCUGUUGUCCCUCCCCUUUGGCAUCGCGGCCAAUCAGGACCUGAUCCGCCUGGUGGCGUACACUCAGGACGGCGUGAUCCACCCGCGCACCACCUUCCUGGCGGUGGACGAGGACGCGACCCUGCCCUUCGCCCUGCGCGACGAGAACCUCAAAGGGGUGCUGUUCACCACGCGGGCCCUGCGUGAACCCCACACCUACCGCAUGAAGGUGCGGGCUCUGUCCUACAGCCCAGACGGAGGCAUCGAGUACCAGACCACCUUCAUCGUCUACAUCGCCGUGUCUGCCUACCCCUACUGAGAGCACUUUAACCGACAAGGGAGAAAAAGGGGGUUUUGAGAGGGGGGGGGGGAAGGUUGUGACCUCUGUGCGCGCCCGCCACUGAGAGAGAGAGCGUGUGCGUGAUGUGUGAGUGUGUGUGUGUGUGUGAGUGUGUGGUCGGCCACGUAAAGGACUUGGGGAUGAAAGACGUGUGUGAGGGAGGAGGGACAGGAGAACAGCACUGCAAAGCCGGAGACAGACUGAGGAAGGACUGAGUACUGGGCCCUGAGACACACCCAAGUCAUGUGACAGAAUCGAGCCCUUUGAUUGGUCGGCAAAGAACCAGAUAUGUGUAUUUUGGGCCAAGGUUUCCAAACGCAUGGUUUUUAUAAUUAACACCGUGACUUUCGAUAUUACUCACAGACCAUCUUGAAAUGCCUGCCCGUUUCGAAAUUCUGGUCAUUUCAGUUCACGGCUAAUGAAAGAGGAUUCAUCUAUGAAAAUGUAUAACAUACUCAUUAAUGGUUCUUUCCUUUGAGGGUACAAUUGUUAACCCUGUCAACCCUGACACAUAAGGUCUGCCAUAGUGUGUACAGAUAUCUAGGGCCAGCCCAGACUGUUCCUUUAGACUGUCUCUUCAGAACCAGUUGGCUGAAUGUAGGCACGCCUCUCCCCUAACUCUCACUGUGGUAAAAAAAAAAAGCAACACGAAUAGCUAGCCUAUAGUUACAUCUACCUAUUAACUUAUUUGGGAAGUGCUUGAAUACGGAAAAAGGGGCGGUUCCCUCCUUGGCUCAGCUCUUUUCUGGUUGGUUGGUCGCCUGAACAGCGUGACAACAUCAGAGGAUAGAUUUGUUUCAUUUAAUUGUAAGCUUUUGAAGACACUUGAGAUCUUUUUCUUGUCAAACUCUCACCCACCUCAGGUAAUCUCCCGUUAAAUCAGUCUCAACCCCUGGAUAAACAACACUCACCAUUUCACUUGUCUGUCUCUUGUUUUAGUCAUUAAAAAGCAAUUUUGUCAAUCUAAAGACAUAUGUAUGGCUCUUAACUGGUUCACGCAUAGUAAGUUACCAAGGUGUAUUCUAUUUUUAUGAUUUGUAUAUAAGUGUUUUUUCCUAUGUAUUGCCAUAUUGUACUGUAUUCUUUUUUUUAUAAAAAUACAAAAAAUAAACGGGACAAAUAUACAAUCAAAACUAAAAGACUGGCUUUCAUAUACAUCUUUAUUAAGCACUAACAUAAAAAAUACAUUGAGUAAGGCAGUUUUUACACCAGUUUGGUAGGUUUUGUUGAGUUUUUGCACUUGGUCAGAAGACCAUCGAACAUUACUGCAUUAGAAAUGUUUCCAAAUAUCUGGAUAUAUGGCCACAAAUGAAAUGAUUAAAAUCUAAAAUAGCAUGAAAAUGUUGUAUUAAAUGUAGGACUCGGGACUUGUGGCUACUGAUUAAAGUGUGUCAAGAGAAAACAUAAUUUGCAUGUAUACAUUUUUAUCAAAAUUCUUUGUCUUACAUUGGACCAUUAUUUUGUGGCUGGACUGAUUGUGUCCCCACAGAAGUUGACACAAAUCAUGAAAGCAGUGAUGUCACCUGUAAACACAAACUGCCGUUUCAGUUCACAAAACUCACACCCAAACUUUCAGGGAAAAAAACACAACAAUUUUG